AUGUCGCAAUCCACAGACCUACCAACCCGUCUAAACUCCCUCAUCCCUUCAUCCCAUCCCCAACUCCGCGACUCCGUACUACCUCAACUCCUCGCCUCAAUCCACACCAUAGCAGGCCACCUCCGCACCUCCCCCUCAGUGACCCAGGUUGGCACAGCAAACGCCUUCGGUGACGACCAGCUAAACGUUGACGUGUUGGCCGAGGAGGCAAUCCGGAAAACGAUCGACUCUUGCCCAUCCAUCGUUACAGCAUCCAGCGAAGAAGACCCUGUAGAGAAAUCCUCAAAAUUUGGAGAGCAAGAAAAAGAAGUCUACACACUAGGUUUCGACCCCCUAGACGGCUCCUCAAUCAUCGCGCCAAACUGGAGCGUCGGCACCAUCAUCGGUAUCUGGGAAGGAGCAUCCGCUCUACAUCAAUCGCCGGAUGAGAAGCAAAUCGCUUCUAUACUGGGUGUAUUAGGCCCACGUACAACCGCCAUCGUCGCCAUCCGACUGCCAGGAACCAAGGGAUCAUGUUUCGAAGUCGGAUAUUCUAACGACGGGACCAUGCAAGUCAUCCGUCCAGACGUAAAAUUGACACAAGGCUCCGAAGUGAAAACCCGGUAUUUUGCUCCUGCAAACAUGCGCGCAGCGGCCGAAGACCAACGAUACCUGAACCUCAUCAACCGUUAUAUCACGCAAAAGUACACGUUGCGGUAUAGUGGUGGACUUGUUCCGGAUGUUGUGCAUGCGCUGGCCAAGGGCCAUGGUGUUUAUGUGUCUCCAGUCACGGCGCAGAGCAAAGCAAAACUUAGGCGGCUUUAUGAGUUGGCACCAAUCGCGCUGAUUUUGGAGUGUGCGGGUGGUGCGGCAUUGGAUUCUGCGACGGGGAAGAGGGUGUUAGAGACGCCGGUUGAGGAUACGGAUGAGAGAGGUGGGUUAAUUUGUGGGAACAAGGAGGAAGUUGAGGCUGUGAGGAAGGCCUUGUUGGAGUAG